AAUGGAUGAAGAAUUACAAGUAAAUUUUCUAUGGAUUAACAAAGAUUAAACAAUAAUUGUCAUAAGUACCAUUCCACACAUUAUUGGGUUUUGAGAAGGAAAUGAAAUCUCAAUAAUAAUCUAAAACCUAAAUAAAGGAUUAAGAAUUGCCAAAGAAAAUCAAAGGAGGGUAUGUAUUAGAAUUAUUAUUAAUAUAAAGUCCUGAAGUUAGAGAUGCAAGAAAACCUUUGCCAAAGAUUUAUAAUAAACCUUAGAAAAAAUAAGAACAACGAGAUCCAAGAUUUGAUUAAACAUCUGGUGAAUUAAGUUUAACCAAAUUUUAUAAAUCUUAUAAUUUUAUUGGAAAAAUGAAAACAAAUGAAAUAUAAGUCUUAAAAAAAUAAUCUGAAAAGCUUGAUCAAGAAUCUAAAUAAAAAAUUAAAUAAAUAAUUGGAAAAUAGAAAGAUGAGAUAAUUAAAUAAGAAUAGUAUUUGAAAAAAUAAUAAGCAGUUUCUAAAUUAAAGAAAAAGAAUUAUCAUCCUAAAUAAAGUAAAUCAUAUUUUUAUUAUUUAGGUGUAAUAAAAUAAGAAUUAUUGAAAUAAAAGUUUGAUUAACUUGAAGCAACUGGAAAGUUGGAUGCAUAUAUGAAAUAAAAAAAGAAAUCAAUAUCAAAGAAACUUGAUUUUGCAUCUAAAAAAAUAAAAAAAUGAU